AAUAUGUUUUUGCAAAAAGAGAAAAUACACGGAAAUUGGCCUUACCAAUUCCUCGCUAUAAAACCUUUCUCUACUUGUCUCUCAUUUUCCCAUUUUUCAAGUUUAGUCGACUCUAGAAUUCAAGACAUUUCAGUUGCCGCUCAUCCCAAUCACCGGUACUUUGCCUGAGAACUCACUUAGGUCAAUUUGGUUUCAUUGGGGAGGCCUAUCUUCACAAGUCAUAGGCUGCUGCAAUGGAUUAAACUUGCCAUGUCACAUCGUGCUGUCUCUGGCCAUUUUCCGUUUGUGGCAAAGCAUUGAUCAGAGAAGCGAGUACAUCCAUCAUUCAGUGCUCUGAUUAGUAUUUGGACUAACAGCUGCAAUACCUUCUUCGGUCUUCUGGGAGAAUCCCCUCUGGUUAUUGUGGUUUGACACAAUGCUCAACCUGAUUGGUAGAUGUCGAUGUUUUUCUGCUGAACUACAUUCAUCAAUUGCGUUCUUGUCCAUAGAUUCUUCAGCAAUCUUGCGAUGGCACCGAUCAAUGACUACCAGUAAAAGAGUCCAAGACAGAAGCAAGAAGAAGCGCGUGCAUGACCUUGAAAUAGUUACAGAGAAGCACAAAAUACUCUCCAAGGUCCUAUUAAUAUUUGAAGUUCUCAAACAGGAGCCUCAACAAGUCAUAUCGAUUAGGGAACUUGAUCACUAUAGAAGGCAAAUAAACCUCCCCAAACCCCAUAAAAUCUCAGCCUUUCUACGGAAGUCCCCCAAGCUUUUUGAAAUGUACAAGGAUGAUAGAGGGAUUUUGUGGUGUGGUAUGACAAAGGAGGCUGAAGAUUUAGUCCAAGAAGAGGAGGCUAUUAUUAAACAGCACAGUGAUAAAGCUGCAGAGCUUGUGACUAGGAUGCUGAUGAUGUCUAUAGACAAGCGCCUUGCCUUAGAUAAGAUUGUUCAUUUCAGAAGAGAUUUGGGUUUGCCAAUGGAUUUUAGGAACCAUUGGGUACGAAGGUUUCCUAAUCAUUUUAGAGUUGUUCAGCCAUUUAAGCCUUAUGAUGAAAGUGAAUACCUAGAACUUGUGAAUUGGAAAUCGAGUUGGGCUAUGACAGAGUUAGAAAGACAGGCGCUGGGGGUUAUGCAUGCCCCAGAUGAUCACGUAGCUGGUCCUCUUUCCUUGUCUUUCCCCAUGAAAUUCCCACCUGAUUAUAAACAAGUGUUGUCCAGAUAUAAGGGGAAGAUAGAAGAUUUUCAGAAGCGGGAAUACUUGUCACCUUAUGCAGAUGCCAUGGAAUUAAAGGCUGGAACACUGGAGUUCAAUAAGAGGGCAGUUGCAGUGAUGCACGAGCUGCUGAGUUUUACAAUUGGGAAGAGGUUGGUGACAGAUUACUUGACACAUUUUAGGAAGGAGUUUGUAAUGCCUCAGAAGCUGAUGAGGCUGUUGCUUAAACAUUUUGGAAUCUUUUAUGUUUCAGAAAGGGGUAAGAGGUUUCAUGUAUUUCUCAACAGUGCUUAUGAAGGUUCUGAGUUGAUCGAGAAACACCCUCUGAUUGUUUGGAGGGAAAAGGUUCUAAGCUUUGUUGGUUACAGAAAGAAGAAGGAAAGAAUGGAUACUCUUAAAGAUUUUCAGGAAUUUGAGGAUGAUGAUUUGUUUGAGAAUGAGUCAGAAGAUGAAAGUGUUCAAGUGGAAAAUGACAAGCAAACUAUGUGUAGUUUGGAGGGAGAUUUUCUGGAAACUGAAUCCGAGAUGGAGAUAGACGAAGUUUGUAGUGCAUACAGGGAAUGAGAAGUUAGCAAUGCAUACUAGCAUGAAGAAUCUUGAGGUCUUCAAGAUGUUUUCAUCAUGGACAUGAUGAAGCUGAGUGUUGUGGAGUUAUAAAGGCGGCUCAUAUGGAAUCACAACUCCAGGAGAACACAAGCUGAUCGAUAAAUCUUUGACAAGAUGAAAUAGACGGCACAGUGGAGUCAGUGCAGUUGCAGAGGCGCGAAUAAGGAAAUGAAUGCAGCACAAUCUCUAAUUUUAGUUGUAGAGGAGCAAUCGACCAUGCAAAUAUCCCCAAUGCAACCUACACGUCCUAUUUGCCAAUAUGUGAAGUUCUUCUGUCAACAUGGAUUAUUUGCAGAAGUACGGACUCAAGAGCAUGUAUAUAAUGAAACGGAUAAUAAUUUUGCCAAUGUUUAAGUUCCUAAUACAGAUAGCCAAGGUGCAAUA